AACAGGGCAAUCAAAGUCAUGGCUGCUGUUGAAGGAUGGAAAGAUAAUGCUGUAUUGAAGAAAAUUUAUGUUGGCAAYCUAACAGAAGUAACUGAUGAAGAAAAGUUACGAGGAUACUUUGGUCAAUAUGGUGAAAUUACCGAAGUUAAAUUGGUUCGCUUUCCAGAUGGAAAGUCCAGGAAGUGUGGCUUCAUCACUUUUGACAGCACUGAUGUAGUGGACAAUAUUCUUUUCAAUUUUGAAUCGCACAACGUUGACGGCAAAAGUAUUGAUGUGCGAAGAGCAAUCCCAAAAGACGACCCAGACCCAAAUGCUCACAUCAGAACCAAAAAGCUAUUCCUCGGUGGUCUAAAAGACUCGCACACUGAAGAUCAUAUCAAGACGACUUUGGCAACUUUCACUUCCUUUGCGCCUGUAAGCAUUCGUUUCAUGCGUGGCAAAGAAGACAACAAGUUCCGUGGAUAUGCCUUUGUGAACUUUGAGAAYGACCAUAUYGUUGACAAGCUGUUCCUCAUCCGUAAAUGUGUCAUUGAUAAUAUUCCAGCAGAAAUGAAGAAAGCAUCAGAAUUUGGAAAUGCCGGUGGUGGGGGCGGCGGCGGAGGUGGGCGUGGUGGUCGCGGAGGACGUGGUGGACGAGGUAGGGGAAGAGGGCGUGGUGGUGCAGGAGGUGGCGGYGGUCAAUAUGGUGGACAGUAUGGUGGUGAUUAUGGAGGUAGCUAUGGGGGAGGGUAUGAAGGAUAUGGUGGAUAUGGUUAUGGAGAGGGCUAUGGUAGAGAUAGUGGAGCUUCUUAUAACUAUGGUGGYUAUAAUAAUUAUGGUGGUGGAUAUGGUGGAGGUGGUGGAUAUGGUAAUGGAUAUGGAGGUGGGAACAUGGGACAGUAUUCGCAAGAGCAGUCUGGCUAUGGACCMAGCAGAGGAGCGAGAGGCGGUCGAGGUAGAGGCAGCUAUAGGCCUUACUAGACAGUAGUAACAUUUUAUAGAUAAUCAACCAUAUCGAGGGCUUUGUUUUGUUGGUGGAUUUUAUUAAGCAUGAAAUUUUCAUGAACCAAGAAAAUGAUUUCAGGACCUUGCUCAAAGAAGUUUUGAUCAGCAUUCUAGAACGUUUGAUCUUGAUUAAGAUUUUUGUCAACUUGGUCACUCAAUAACUGUACAUAAGAGCUUGAUGGUGCAAACGCCUGCAUAGACUUGAUUAUGAAUAUAAGACAGCAUAUCUUAGCACAGCAACAAAUUGUAAGACGUUUCCUUUCAUUUUUUUAACUUUUGUAAGAAAAGAUUCCAAUGUACCUAUACUUACUCGUCUUUUAAUCUUUAUAAUAUAGAAAAUAAAUUCUUUUUUCUUUGAACAA